CCAGUUGGCUCCGGCAUUCUAACUAUGCCUCAACGUUCUGAGUCCACCCUGUACCUCUGGAAUCGAGAGAACCCGCAGUCCCCGGUAGAUUCAUUUGCAGGCCACAAUGAUGUGGUCAAAGAGUUCGUUUGGAGAAUCAAGGGAGGAAACAAUCAAAAUGUCGGCAAGGAAUUUCAAUUGAUCACUUGGUCGAAAGAUCAAUACCUAAGGCUCUGGCCAAUAAGCGAUCAACAGUUAAAAUUAAUUGGUCACGAACGUGCGACUUCCGAUAAACUGAUGCGAACGGAAUAUGCCAGUCACACAUUCAGCAAUCCAUCACAUAAAUUAGACAAUAGAUUGGUUCCUCACGCGUCAAACCUCGCAUCUAUUGCAACCCCUGUGUUGAGAGUUCUUCCCGGCACUGGUAUUCACAUAAACCAAUCCGCCAUAGUGCGCCCGUCCGGGGCUUCCACGGCAAAUAACGACAAUUUCCCAACCCUCACCGGACCUUACAGGACGGAACGUGAACAUCGAGCGUUAUCGCCUUUGUUAGAAAUGCAAAAUGCCAAAAAACUUGAUGAAAAUAGUCCAACUAAUGUACAUGAUGAAAUUGAAUUGGUUUCUAACAAGUACAAGGAAGUGAAAUUCGAAAAGAUAAAUGACAAGAAUUAUAUGAUCACAUCUCACGUAUCUCGGGGUGAGAAAGGCCCCGCCUUCCCUCGUAUCAAUGUCACGUUCCCUGAGGGAUAUCCUCUUAACAAACCACCUAGUUUCGAAGUUCACGGAAAAGAAAUGACCUCUAUAAUGACCAGAUCUCGUAUUUUACUAUACCUUAAAAAAAUUUCGGAGGUUUGUUUAUCUAACGGAAGGCCGUGUCUAGAAGAUUGCGUACGUAUAUUGCUGGAGCAAAGGCAGGAAAAUGAUCAAGAUCGAUACGGAGAGGACGAAUCCGACGAGGAUCUUGACAAAGACUCGCUCGAAAAAAAUAUCGCGUACAUGCCGGUUGACAAAGAUUACCGUGUCCCUUUCCCGCAAUUAUGCGGGGCGCGCUUUUCAAUGAAUGGACAGCUUGUAUGCUUCUUUUCGAAACUCGGAUCCCCUUACGACGAUAGGACCAAUGGUGGCAGACCGGACGGUGACAGGUCAGGUGAAGAGCGUUCCGCCUGGACUUACUGCCAUCCACGAUCUCGCGAUUAUUGGGAUGAAUAUAAAAAAAUAUUAAUGACUCUUACAAAACCUCUGCCCGCCGAGGGGGACGAUGAUCAGGAAGACUUUCACUCACUUUACUUUAGGUCAAAGGAAGGAUUACGCGAGAUCACAACAAUUAAAGAAGCCAAACCUAGUAAGGAUGGUGUUUCCGUCCGCUUUUAUGAUUUAUCGAACUUGAUGCCUGUUGACUAUGAAUUGGCAGCGAAAUACACCCUCAACGGAAGAGACUCUGUGGAGAUUUGUGAGCACAAUGCGCGGGUGGCUGCAGAAUGUAACCGUCCGGAUUUGGAACAAGCAUGGAAUCUCGCUUCGCUCAUUCUCUCAAAUCGUAUGAAGAAUUAUUAUUCGCCCGAGAGAUCAAAAUCUUCGUAUAAAGGGAGAAAGAAUGAUGAAGCGACAGGGUUAUUAAGCGCGGACGCGAAUUAUGCGGAUAACAUUGCUGCAUAUUCGGAAAAGUCCGGUUUCCAACAAAGUUAUCCAUCUUUUUCUUUGUCAACCACAUUCGGACAAAUGAACAGUGAAUCGUUUAAUUCUUCUCUUGGAACACAAGGCACAUACCCGUAUCCAUUAGAUUCGACCACAUCAACACCGUCAACGUACCAUCUCGCACAUUCGGAAGGCACAGGUGGGUCAAUCAUGGUUCCCUCUCCCAUUCCAUCUUUGCGUCAUCAGAGAAGACCUACAUUCGGUAGCGGCGCGCCAAAGGAGAUGAAUUUUUUCCCAUCAAGUGUGAGUACCACAUCAUCACGUAGUCCCAUUGCAGGGGGUCGCGUUGAAUAUUUUACGGUGGGAUUCUAUGAUUAUGAAGUUGAAAAAAAACCAGAAAAAAAUUCAGAUGUAAUAAUAACCACACAUUUUGACGAAUUUGACGAAGAAAGGAAGUGA